CGCGCAGCCGCCGCGCGCAGCCGCCAGGCUCCCACCGGCUUCCUCGCUCGUUCCGAUUUGAGAGGUGGAAAAAAUGAUGAAGGAGGAAAAACCUGCAUGUUUAGAUUUAGAAGAAGCACCAGUCACAGGGGGAAAAGUCACCAGUUCCUCUCAGACUUCAGGAUGGGGAAUGUUGCAGAUGGACAAGGGGAAGCCUUUCAGAGGGAUGCCACAAUGCUGGGAAACCCAAUGGCAGGAGUUGCUGAAGACACUGCAGCCCCUUCACAUGGGAGGGCAAAACCUAGUGAUGUCAGAAACUGCCCUGUGGGAAGAUGCCAAGGCCUUCCUGGCCUCCUUCGAGCAGGUGGCCAAGGCCUGCCGGUGGCCUAGAGAAGAGUGGGUGGUCCGGCUCUUUCCUGCACUGAGCGGGGAAGCUGAGCAGGCCUUUCGAAGCCUGGAGGCUGGAGAUCAGGAAGACUAUGGGAAGGUGAAGGCCGCCAUCUUGCGAGGGGAGGCCCUGAGGAUGGAGAUGCAACGUCAGCUUUUCAGGCAGUUCUGCUGCCAGGAGGUGGAAGAUCCUCGAAAGCUUCACAGCCAACUCCAGGAGCUUUGCUGCCAGUGGCUAAAGCCAGAGACACACAGCAAGGAGCAGAUCCUGGAGCUGCUAAUCCUGGAGCAGUUCCUGGCCAGCCUGCCACCCGACCUCCAGGGUUGGAUCCGAGCAGGGGGUCCAGACACCUGUUCCCAGGCUGUCUCCCUUGUGGAGGAAUUCUUGAUGAGCCAGCGAGCAGCUGAGUCAGGGAACUGGCAGGUGCCGUUAAAGGAGGAGUGUGAGGAUUCUCUGACCGCAGAGGAAGGCCCCCCAGGUUCCACAAAGGGAGAGGUCUACAAAGAAGUCAAGCAAAAUAGCUAUAUGGAUAGCAAUAUACAAGACUGUGGAAUCGAACGCUCAACUCAUGCCAAUCCAUUGCUUCCUGCUGAACCACAGGAAAUGGUCCAAAUUUGUGUGCAAGAGGAACCGACGGAGGCCAAGGAAACUAGUCUGUCUUUGCACAUCAUCAGGCUGAGCCCGACUCAGCCAAGCCAACAAACCAUAGUUUGGCAAGUCCAGCCGGAAGAUGUGGGCAACGCGGAUCCUUUGGGUAACAAAGUACGCAGUCAUUUCAAGAGGGAGAAUUCUCAGGGUGCACCAAAUGACCUGGGGGGUGCAGCCAGGGCAGCCCCACAGACAAGCCAAGCGACAGUUGUAAUGCAUGGGGAAGGGUGUGAGUCCACAGGGGGACAGCAGCCCGUGAAGACAGAGGAUGAAUGCGGUGAUACUGCAGGAGGUCUGACAACUGCUGCGAACCAGCCUCGCAAAGUGCACCCGAGGGAUAACACACCCACGUUCUCCAAAUUUGGCAGAAGGUAUCGGUACAGAUCAGAACUCGAUAUGGUACACUCCAGCGAGGACUGUGAUGACUGUCCCAUUUCAGAGGAAAACCUCCAGCAGAAUGCAUGCUUUGAGCAGGAUCAGAGCACGAUAACGGGAGAGAGGAAAUCUGAAUUCCCAGAGCAUGGGAAAAGGGCCAGUUCGGACAGAUACCACAGUAGCUACACAGAAGAGGAACCUUAUAAUUCUGCCGAUUGUGGGAAGAGCUUUAGUUAUACAAAGUUGUUCGAUAGUAAUCAAGGAAUUCCAAGUGAAGGGGAGCAGCACGAAUGUCCUCACUGCAAGAAGCCCUUCAGUCAGAGAGAACAUUUAAUGAAUCAUGAGGCAGGUCGUGCUGGAGAGGAAGGGUGUGGAUGUCCCCACUGUGGAAAACCUCUCCAUUUAAAGCAAACACUAGUGAGACACCCGGAAAUGCACGCUGGAGAGAAACCUCACCAGUGCCUUCAGUGUGGCAAAUGCUUCAGUGACCGAGGUGUGCUGAAGGUACACCAGAGAAUCCAUACCGGGGAGAAGCCAUACAAAUGUUCUCAGUGUGGGAAAUGCUUCAGGAAGAGUGGAAACUUGAUGUGCCAUCAGAGGAUCCACACUGGAGAGAAACCCUACAAGUGCCCCCAGUGUGGGAAAUGCUUUAGAGAGCGGGCCAAGUUGAAGAUCCAUCAGAGGAUUCACACCGGAGAGAAGCCAUACAAAUGUCCCCAGUGUGAAAAGACUUUCAGUCGGAGUGAAAAUCUGAAGAACCAUCAGAGGAUUCAUACUGGGGAGAAGCCAUACACGUGUUCUCAGUGCGGGAAAUGCUUCAAUCAAGGUGGACAUUUGAAAAAACACCAGAGGAUUCAUACAGGAGAGAAACCGUACAAAUGUUCCCAGUGUGGGAAAUACUUUUGUCAUAGAGGAGAUCUGAAGAAACACGAGAGGAUUCACACCGACCGUUUGAAAGUCAUUGUGUGAGAAAAAAGCCACCAAAGAAUACACUUGUAUGACUGUCAGAGAAUCCACACAGGAGGGGAGCAUGGGUUCAGCUACCUGGAGUGUGGGGAAAAUGUCUCUUAGUUCAUCAGAAUUGAGAGAAUUUGCAGAGGACAGACAUAAGGACAGAAUAACUGUUUUCCUGAAAGAUGAGAUGAUGACACAGCACAGGGAAUCCCAGAGAAUAUGUAUUGGUAGGUGUGAUGGGCUGAUGAAUUUUCUGCCAAAUAAGAUGGUGAGAUAAUACAGGUAGGAGUGCAAGGGGGUAGGAGAAGCUGACAAUGGAGAGAUGAUUAGAUUGGACAUCGAAUAGCCAAAGAAAGCAAGUAAUGAGGGGAGAGCGUCAUGGCACGUAAUGCACUUCCCUCAUGGAAGAAGAACACGUGCGAAUCGAAUGAAUGAGGUCAUAAACUCUUUCUGCAAAUCUUUAUAAAAAGAACAUGGCAUAAGAACUUAAGAAAAGCUAUGCUUGAUUGGACAAGUGGCACAGCUAGUCCAGGACGCUGUUCACACAGUGGCAAACCUGCUGCAAGAUAGCAAUAGAUGAAUUAGCAUUUCAUUGCCAUCUUCACUUGGAUAUACAUGAUUUUCCCAUGACGGUUGUAUAUUCAAUCGUGCCCUCGAAAAAGUUGUUUAUUUCGGACUUGUUCAGACUUGCAAAUGAGGUGCCGCUACAUUUAGAAGAAAAAGAAAACAGUUUUAUUUGAAGGAAAUGGAAAACUUGGGCAGAAUUUUCUUGCAGCAGACGAACUGUUCCAUUGUUCAGUGUUGUACAUACUGUCCCAGAAAAUCUUUUGCUGUAGUGAUUGUUAUGGUUAAAGGACAAAAGAAUGCAGUCCACCAUUUACUGCUGUUAACUAGCAGCUUUGGUAAGAGUACUGAAGAAAGAAUUCAGUGGUCCCCAGUAGUUACAUUUCCUAAUCCAAACUUGGUGUGAAGCAGAAGCAAACACAGCUGUCAGUCUCAGGGAGACACUGGAACACAUUCUGGAGCAGCAACAAUUUGUCUCAAAAACUUGGGUUGCAGAAUUUCUAGUUGCAUCACUCCAGACUUGAAUCCCAUAAAAUAACUGAGCUAAGCCUUAAAAACUUACACGCAUAUAAUUAUGACCUUUUAUGGAAAUGAAGUCUAUUAAUCCUGAAUGCUUUGAAAAGACUUUUCUAUAGCUUACUCCUUUUCACCUAGCCACAUUUCUCAUGUUUGAGAAACCGAGACCAAGUACUUCAAAACCUUUAAGAAGUGCACUUCUGUGCCUAUGUAGACAGAAAUAUAUCCAACAACUCCCAGUAUGUCCAAAUUGCGUAUUUUGGGAAUUGUAGGAGGUUUUUCUGUCUAACAUAUAUGGGAUUAUGCCCAAACUUGUUUGAUUGUGUAUCCAAAACUCAUGUAUGGGGUCUAUGUUGCUCAAGAACAAUACAGACCCUGUAGGUCUUCUUUCUGACUAUUUAGAAAAUGCCUUCCUCAGUUUUAUUAAACUCACUUGAAUGUGAGACGCAAAUACAGCAUCAUUUAGUAAUAGUUGAUGUGGUCUGUUUAAGGCAUGUGAUAAACUUGAGAUUUUAAAUUCUGGGGAUGGCACAGAAUUCAUAAGGAGUUCAUCAGUGGGACACAGCAUCUUUAGCCAAGUAGUUAUUAUGUAGACUUUGAAUUUUAAAAAAGAGCCUUUCAGAUAUACUUGAAGAGAGUCUCACAUGAGUUGAUUGACUGGGUUCGCACAACAUGCUGUGGCUUCAUGUGUUGUAUGAAUCCCAAGUGCCAACCCCACAGGGUGACUUCUUUGUGGCUACAAACCCACCGCAGCAAGCCAUGGCUUGUGGUAGGGUUUUGUAGCUAACUGGGCUGUCUGAACCCUGAUGACAGUAGCCUAGGUCAAGCCCAGAAGCCUACAAGGCCAACUGACCAGAGAAUUUGUAUUUAUCAACUUUAGCACCAUAACAAUAAGCUCCCAGGCCUGGCCAGGUUUUCAUGUUUGUUAAGCUCUAGAUGAGGAGGGAGGACUUCAUAUCCUGGGCCAGCCAGUGUGAGAUAAGAAUGAAAUCUGGAAUUCUUACAGAGAAAAGACCAGGCUUUUCCCUUAAAGGCAUUAGGCAAAACAACCCUGCAGAUCUAUUGUCCUGAGACACCUGAGAAUUACCCCAUCAGUAGCAACUAACAAAUUGGGCCAAAGACAGCAAUAGGUAAGGUCAUCAAGAAGCAAUCAAACACCCGUCCUACAAUUACUGUCAGUCUAUGAAACUCAUCCUUCCCACAGUGACAAGUACAGGGAGACAGAAUGUAAAGAUCAGGGACUCAGAAAAUAAAUCUAGGUGCACAAGGUCUCAAUAUAACACAGGCCUGGUACUCCAGCUUGAGGACACCUUGCGCCCUUCCUGCCCACAGGAGGGACCCUGUGAAAGUCUACCCUGCAGGACAGGUAAUGGACUCCCUUUCUCUCUCCCCCCCCCCCCCAUUAGCUUUUCUCUCUUUUAGGUCAGAAGCUCUUUAUCU